CCGUCUUGUGGACCCCAAGCCCCUCAGCAUCCACCUGGCAGGUUUUGACUUUUCUCCAAAGUGCUUUGCUGUAUCCGAAUGCCAGUGAAGUGCUAAAUCCGCUAGGGGGCGCCCUAUGCAAGGGGCGAGAGGGGUGCGGGUGUUCAAGGGAAUAGAGGCGGGGCUGGUCUCCUUCCUGGAAUGGGCCAGGAGGGAGGAGAAGCAAGCGGAAGGAAGACGGGUCUGUGGCUGGGCGGCCAGUCCAGGAGCCAGCCUCUCCAGUGGCCAGUUAGGCGUCCUGGGAUAGUAGCUGCAGGUAGGCAGAGGUGACACCAGAGCCUAAGCAGCCCUUCCCACCUUCCUAGACCCUUCCUUUCUUUUUCCCCAACUCUCCUCUGUUGCCCCCCAGCCUCUGUCCAUCCAUCUCAAAUGCUGACCCUUUCUUGAACUUAGCCCUUACCCCUCAAUAAUUCCCUGGUUAGCAUUUGCAGGACCAGAGGGCAGGUAGCCCAGCCAGUGGCUGCAGCUUCUAGCAACAACUCUGACCACUGGCCAUAGCACUGGGCUCCUGUCUACUAGGCCACCAGGCCUUUUCUUGAGGAAAUGUGGUUGGGACAGGUGGCCCCAGGCAACCCAGGUGAGCCAAAGUCUCUUCCUGCAGCCAGGCAUGGCCGGAUCUGCAGAAGCCCGAAAGUUGGUCUACCUGGUCACAGGCGGCUGCGGCUUCCUAGGCGAACACGUGGUACGAAUGUUAUUGGAGCGAGAGCCACGGCUCCGUGAGCUGCGUGUCUUUGACCUGCAUCUGAGUCCCUGGCUGGAAGAGCUGAAGACAGGGCCUGUGCAGGUGACUGGCAUCCAGGGGGAUGUGUCUGAGGCUCAUGAGGUGGCAGCGGCCGUGUCUGGAGCCCAUGUGGUCAUCCACACAGCGGGGCUGGUGGAUGUGUUUGGGAGGGCCAGCCCUGAGACUAUCUACAAGGUCAACGUGCAGGGCACACAGAAUGUGGUCGAGGCUUGCGUGCAGACAGGGACUCGGUUCCUGGUCUACACGAGCAGCAUGGAGGUUGUGGGACCUAACAUCAAAGGCCAUCCCUUCUACAGAGGCAAUGAGGACACCCCGUAUGAGGCCGUGCAUGAGCACCCGUAUCCUCACAGCAAGGCUCAAGCUGAGCGGCUGGUCCUGGAGGCCAACGGGAGGAUGGUCCAUGGGGGGCUGCCUCUGGUGACAUGUGCCCUACGCCCCACGGGGAUCUAUGGUGAAGGCCACCAAAUCAUGAGGGAUUUCUACCACCAAGGCCUGCGGCUGGGGGGCCGGCUCUUCAGAGCCAUUCCAGCUUCUGUGGAGCAUGGCCGGGUCUACGUGGGCAAUGUGGCCUGGAUGCACGUGCUGGUGGCCCGGGAGCUGGAGCAUCGAGCAGCACUCAUGGGUGGCCAAGUGUACUUCUGCUAUGACAAGUCACCCUAUAAGAGCUAUGAGGAUUUCAAUAUGGAGUUCCUGGGCCCCUGUGGACUGCGGCUAGUGGGUACCCGCCCGCUGUUACCCUACUGGCUCUUGGUGCUCCUGGCCACCCUUAAUGCCCUACUGCAGUGGCUGCUACGCCCUCUGCUGCUCUAUGCACCUCUGCUCAAUCCCUACACUUUAGUCGUGGCGAAUACCACUUUCACCGUCAGCACCAACAAGGCACAGCGCCAUUUUGGCUACGAGCCGCUGUUCUCAUGGGAGGACAGCCGGACUCGUACCAUCCUCUGGAUGCAGGGCAUGGACAGUUCAGCCCAGUGACCAUGGAGCUAGGGGGGAGGCAGUCCUGUCACCUCUGUCCAGCUCCCAAGCCUGGGGUGGAGGGGUGAGAUGGUUUUAUUUCAGAGCUGAAGGCUCUGUACAGGACUGGCUAUCCUGGGGCCCUCCACACUUUAAGUCCUUAAGCCUUGAGUCUGAAUUGCACCCUAAACCUUCUAGGUUCUUUCUAUGGCAGAAUCUGGGGACAAGAGCAUCCUCACUGUCAAUGCAGGCCUGCUAGCCAAACCUUCCUUCUCAUUACCCUAUGACAUUCUGGCUCCUGGAGCAGCAACUGCCCUUUAGGCUGUGCCCAGUGCAAUCUUCUCCUAGGCUCAGCGUGAAGAGGCUUCUCCAAUUCCCCCAUCACGUCCUCCCUCCUUAGUGGGUAAUCCUCUCACUAUUUAAAAACAAUAAAGGAUCACCUUUA